ACCCCCCGCCGCUUUGGCUCGCCUCUCUUCUCUUCCUUCCCCAUUUCGUCGCAGCAGUCCAAACCCUAGUUUAUCCCCCCCCCCCCCCCCCCCCCCCCCCGUCCACCCGACGACGCGGCUCCGAGACGGGGUGAGUUGGGAGAGAGGACUAGGCGGAGGGUAUGGAUCGGAUCGUCGGCAGCAAGUACAAGCUCGGGCGCAAGAUCGGGAGCGGCUCCUUCGGCGAGAUCUACCUAGCGACGCACGUCGACACCUACGAGAUCGUCGCCGUCAAAAUCGAAAGCAGCAAAACCAAUCAUCCGCAGUUGCUAUAUGAGGCCAAACUAUACAAUGCUCUUCAGGGAGGGACUGGUAUUGCAAACAUCAAAUGGUGUGGCAUUGAUGGUGAUGAAAAUAUUCUUGUCAUUGAUUUGCUUGGACCAAGCCUUGAAGAUCUUUUUGUUUAUUGUGGCCGGCGGUUCUCACUGAAGACAGUCUUGAUGCUAGCAGAUCAGAUGAUAACAAGAAUAGAAUUUAUGCAUUCUAAAGGCUAUCUGCACAGAGAUAUCAAGCCUGAUAACUUCCUCAUGGGUCUUGGUCGAAAAGCUAAUCAGGUUUAUGUCAUUGACUUUGGGCUCGCCAAGAGAUAUCGUGACUCAACCACCAAUCGCCAUAUACCUUAUAGAGAAAAUAAAAACUUGACAGGCACAGCUCGCUAUGCUAGUCGCAACACUCAUCUUGGGAUUGAGCAAAGCCGUAGAGAUGAUUUGGAAUCCAUUGGAUACGUUCUUCUGUAUUUCCUCAGGGGAAGCCUUCCUUGGCAGGGCUUGAAAGCAGCCACGAAGAAACAAAAGUAUGACAAAAUAAGUGAGAAGAAGCUUUCAACUCCUAUUGAGGCUUUAUGUAAAUCCCAUCCUGUGGAAUUUGCUUCCUAUUUCCACUAUUGCCAUUCUCUGACAUUUGAUCAGCGGCCCGAUUAUAGUUUCUUGAGACGGCUCUUUCGAGAUUUGUUUGACCGUGAAGGUUAUCAGUUCGAUUAUGUCUACGACUGGACUUUGUUAAAGUGUAAGCAAUCUCAGAAGGCUAAGGCUCAACAAGGAUGCUCACAAGAUGCGGGUGUAAGCAGCCGUCCAGUUACAACGAAUGUGGACAAGCACAAAGUUAAUGUUGUACGCCCGGUUGAAGCUUCAGGUCUGGUUGAAGCGGAGCAACGCCCGGCAAUCAGAAUGCAAUUGAAGCCCAGCGUUGAAAAUAGCCGUUCAAAUAAUCUGCAUCAUGAUAGAUUGAGAGUGGCUGCUAGUCCUGAUAAUGCAUUAAUGCAAUCCACAUCACUUGGCCGUGUUGAUGCUACAAGGAACACUGCAGCAAUCUCAAAAACACAUGGGUCCUUCGAUCCACACACUCGUGGAAGUUACAGUCCUGGGCCUUCUAACCACAUUUAACCUUUGGAGUAUUUAAUUCCUAAAUACAUGGGGGACAUUCAGUAAACAGUUGACUUUAAGUGUUGAUUUUGUUCACCAACCAGACAGCCAAUAUUUUCCUGGGACUUUAUUGGCAUGGUAACAACUUGGUCCACAAUGUGCUGGGGCUGCCUGAUGUGGUUUUCGGAAGAAUCCUGGUCAAAGUUAAAUGCUUUUAUUCCUGAUGCAUGAAGCAAUUGUUGAAAAUAGCUGUCGGGUUUUUAUGGGGACAUCUGUAUUGCUUGAGGGUCCUUUCCAAAUAUAAUAAUGAUGCAUGUAUUCCAUGCUUAAAGGAAACUCGGGAAUUUCACUAGGAUUGCUUUCAUUUUAAUUAGGAGCCAGCAGAAGGGAACAGUGCGUGUGUGCUCUACCCAGUUUGCGACAUGCAACUUGUUUCACUUAAGGUGACAUGAUAUUCGACUUGGAUUGGCUGCAGCUUCCAAUGUGUAUGGUACUAAAUCGCACCAUGCAAAGAUUCCGAAGAGGAAUCUAGGAAAUUUAUGAUUUGGUUUGCAUGCAUGAACUGCUGACUGUUUUGGCUGCUUCACCAGUUUGCCUAUCUGCCAACAAAUGCUUAGGCAUGUGAAAAUUGAUCAAGCUUGUUCAUCCCUGUUACUAUAUUCAACUUUCAAGAGCUACAUACUACAGCUCAAGGGCUCAGGAUAAAGGUUAUUGCAACUCAAUCUACACCAAUCUGUUCGAGAGGAGGGUUUAUGAGCUCAUUUGCACAAGCUAAUGAACCAAAGUGAACAGAAACAAUUCCACUGACAAGGCUACCCCAGUUCUUUGGCAAGUCGGUGUUGUCAAAUGCAUAACAAGAGAUGAAUGGUGUACGGGGUGUAAAUUGGUGACCCAAAGUAGCACAAAUAUUUGAACUAAAGAGGGUUGGAGGUGCACCUAAUUUAGGUCACCAAUUUGCACCCCUACGUUUCAACAAAAACAUUCUUUGUAGACCAGUUUGAAGCAGAGGAACAUACGUGAUACUGGUUCUCCUGGUAAUAGCCCUGGCUCAUGCACCACCUGCCCUCCAAUCAGCUUCACCACCUUGGCGGCCUUGUAGUUGUUUUUGGUACCAGUACCAUUGGUGAUCAGCUUUAACUCAGCAUGAAUCUAAGAGUUAAGCUGCACAACUGCUGCUUGCCGGAUUGCAGUGUGGAGGGAUCAACAUUGUAUACCAGAGCACAUGCGUUUCCUCAUUCGAACUCAAGGGACACUUGUAGGCUAAUUCCAGCACUUAAUUCCUGUCUUCAGGGUGUACCCCAACUUUGCCAGUGGACUGCAGAACUUCACAUAUGAACAUACAUGCUGUUGAGGUCGAAUUUGUCGAAGUAGAUUGUAUCACCUUGUAUUCCUGGUGGCCAUCAUCUUCACUGUAAGUUGUGCACUCACUUACCCAGUCCCUACUACACAGCUCCACUUACUCAAAACCACCACACCAUUGGCCAGACCAGGCCAUUGAGGCUGGCAGCAAUGACCUUUGGACAAUGGAUCCUUAAUUCUUUGUGGCACUGCUUAGCUUUAUGUUUGACGGUUGAUGCUCACUCAGGGCAGUCUGCUCUGCUACUCGGCUCCCACAACCAACCCGUGACCUGUGACCUGUUAGUGGCAGAAUUGUGCACAGGAUUGAAGUGGAACUGUGGAAGUGUGGAAUCAGUGGGUUCUGUUACCUGCGUCGUAUUUGUGAAUCCUACAGAUGCGGGUAUGAAUUUUGCCCCCGUUCUUGGGUUUUGCGGGUCAAGUAGACAACUACAAGAAACGGUUGGUUGGAGAUGAGCUCGUGACACCUGUGGACGUGGUGCAGGUUGAUGCUAGUACAAGUGGCGCGUUGAUCCACCUGUUGAGGAUUUGGGUGUCAAAAUUAAGCAAACAUAAGAGUGCGAAAAACGGACACGUCCCUUGGUAAUGAGACGUCUAUGAUGUCUUAGUUAA